UAAGUACGCAACGCAGGGUGACCUAAUGUAAUAAAUAUGUGUUAUUUUUCAGCGACCUUGCAUUCCUUUCUGUUCCGCCGGCAUCGCCCUGUAUCGCGCAUCAUUGUCAUGUAGGAUCAAGGACCACGUAGGACAUAGCGUAGGACAUAGGAGAGAUUUUUACCGCAUACAAUCAUAUGUAUGCAUGCGAUGAUAUCGUUCCGAUGCCCGUGAGAGGGUAUCUUUGAGAAAUUAAAUUGUAACUCGUGAACGAGGAGCUGAAAUUUAAAAUUGUUAUUUCUUCUGGAAUAAUACAUACCGAUAAACUGGAGAAAUAUGUACGAACAAUUUCAAAAUUUACGAGAUCCUGAGAAGCAAAUGGAAUUGCGCGUAUUUAUUCAAGGUUUGACUGAAGAAGAGCUCGUCAAAAUAUUACACACCAGCGUUUGUAAAACAGAUGCACCAAAAAUAUUCGACGAUAUAUUACAAGCAUUCCCUGACUCAGAAGUUUAUCAAUCGAAGCGACGUAAAUUGAUCGAAUCCACGUUACAUAUUUUAGGAAAAACAAAAAUACCCACUGUGCUCGCGGAUGCGAUCAUUAAUCGAAUAAUUUUCGAUCUUCCAAAGCAUUCGAAGCACAAUAUCGUUAAACUUGUUGAUGCUUGUGCGGUCGAUAUUCGCGACCACGAUAAUAAACACAAUGAGCUGCUAUGCUGGAAGGACUUGUUACCCGCGUUGCUCGAAGCAUUGGAAAAUGAGAAACGUGUCGUUCACAUGGAUACAGAAGUCACCGGGAACGAGUACAAAUCAUUGAUCGUUAAAGCAAUAUGUAAUUACCGAUGGAAUAUCAACCACCUACCUUUAUUAGCUAAAAUGUUUGGGGACAUGGGAUUGGAUAAACAAGAUCGUCGAAUAGUUAUCGGGGCACUGUGUCGUGCUCUGCCUGAUUUAUCGCCGAAUCAAGUGCCACCCUUUGUUUAUCAAGCUUUAAAAUUGUGUAAAGAUCGCGAUAAUCAUUACUUCUUUGACACGCUAUGUAAAUAUUUUGAGUCUUCUUAUGCAAAAGCAAUCUCCAUGGACGAUAAGGAUAGUAUGGAAAGCAUCGGCAUCGUUGGUUUGAAAGAGCUUGUAGAUAUAGAAAGCACGGUACUGUACUAUGUCUACCAAGCUGUACAAUUAAACCAUGAAAGUCUGAAAGACUUUAUUCGCUAUCUUAAAUCCACGUGCCAAGUGUCGGAAUAUAUCUUACAACCGUUUAUGCUUGCUGUAUUAAUGUCUGUGUCUGGUAUAUACACGGAUCAGAUUUUUGAAAUACUGAAAUUGACUAUAGUCAAUGAUAGUUUGGAGAAAGAAAAAAGACAAACUAGUGCUUGGCUGAGACAACUUUUGCCCUCUGAAUUAAAUCUAAUCGGUAUUGUUCGACGAAUCAUAGACACCAGUAACAAGGAUCGCCAUAUGGUAUUAAAAGGUCUCAUGGAAUUAGCAUUCGUUUUAAUGAGUACGAGCCAAAAGCUUAAACAUAAUACGUCGGUCUUGUGGAACACAGGAGCCGAGAUUAUUCAAGAAAUAAUUAAAAAGCGACACGAAACAGUAGCUACCGUUCUGCAGGAAUUGAUUGAUAAAAUAGUCGUGGGUGGAACACCGAUGAUACACUAUACAGAUUGCUUAAAGUACGUAUGCCGCGAAUUAUCGGUGAUAGUCCUGGACCAUCAAAUUUGGAUUAUGACUCUUCUAGAACGGCUGUUGUUCUUACCGAUUGUUGUAGCUGAUCAAGUUUUGUUUGCAAUUCUCCCGUUGAUGAAUGUAUCGCCAAACAUACGGGAAAAUCUUCUUCUGACUUUACGAAAAGGUCUUUAUAGAAAGGGUAUAGCAAAACGUCAAAUGGCAGUUACUGGAUUUCUUGAAAUGUUGAAAUAUUCGAAAAUGCAUUCUUUGAGCAACUUUAGACUCAGCCAACGCUGCAACUCUUCCGUGCAUACUGUUAGCUCAAGUUCUACAUCGACAUUGACUCAAGUAGUUGUAGAACAUUAUACACAACGGGAGAAGUCAUCCAUCGAAGCUGACAAAACUUUGUGUUACGAAAUACUGGACAUAUUAAAAAAGAGCUUUACUUAUGAGUUCGAAGUUAGACUGCACUUAUACAAAGGUUUUUACGGUACUGUCGCAAGAAAUCCCGAAAUAACAGAAGUUGUACUGAAUAUGCUAGUUUCACAUUUAAAUCUUUACCUCGAAAAAGACGACAUCUUACCACCUGUCAAAUUUGAAUUGUGCAUCGACGUCCAGGAAACAGAAGUAGUUUUGAAAGAACCUAUAGCGGAACUAAUAUUUGUGAUACAAAAAAUAUAUCAUCGAAUGUUUUCACGGACAUCGAAUAUAUCCGAUGAAUGGCAUGAUAUUCUCGAGUUGUUGUGUACACGUAUGGCCGCCACUAACUUGGAACAUUUAAACCUGGAGCGGGAGAUAGAUUUCUCCGAGGACUCUGUAAAAUUCAAAAUCAAAUUGAGCAACCUCAAUAUGGCAAUUACGAUUUACGAAGCUUUAAUUGCAUUUCGAAUAGGGCAAUGGUUUUCGAAAGAGAGUUCAGCGAUUUGUGACAGUAUCGAGAAUUUAUUCGAGGGAUAUACGCGGUCGAUAGAUUUGAUUAAAAUGCAGCAAUCCAUAAAAACGAAGAAAGCAGAUGGUGGUAAAGCUAAGAAGAAUAAAAAUACGAGUCACACGACAAGAAAAUCCGUCAAGUCUCUUCAUGUUAAAAUACCAACGACUAUUAUGGAUCUGGACGCGAUACAUCAAUGUUUAUCUUUGUUAUACUCGAACAGACGAUCUUCUUCGACUCAAUGCCAAAUUGUUAAACUUUGUGAAAAUCGUAACUUUUGUUGUUACAUACUCCAAACAUGCGAGCAACUUUUACAAAGAUCAAACUCACUGUUCACCGAUACGUGCCAACAGCAAUCGAACUUGUACAUAGACGUUUACAUUGACAUCGGAGGGAUACUAUAUGAACACUUUUUCAUUAAUUUGGUUAAUGUAACUCAAUACGAUGAACAGAUAAUAAUAUUAGCCUUGCAAUGUUUCAACGAAAUUUGUCGUUCUAUGUGUACAACAUUCUCAUCGGAAUUGCCACGAUUUCUCAACAGAAUACUACGAUCGAAGCAUAAUUCCGCUUCGAUGGAUAUUAAUUUGCAACUGCAGGAAGUGAUUUUCUCAUUAAACGAUCAUUUCGUAGAAUCGUUUAGUCAGGGGACAGAUAGUAACGUAAAAAAGAAAGUACCCAGUUUGUUGUUGCAAAUUAUGGAACGGUUAGCAUACAAAAUUAAUUUUGCUGAAUGCAAUGGUGAAAAGGUAUUCAAAUGCAUUAAGAAAUUGGUGCAAACGAACGAGCUCGAAGACACUAUCGUUGCUACUAUUGUUCAGAUUCUCUUACGUUUAGAAGAAUAUACGCAAGAGUACGGAGAGACAUUGAAUGAAAUCUGCUUAAAACUAUGUGAAAAAGUUGGCACAAUCGAUGGUAAUCAACUAACAUCGGACAAAGAAUACGCGAUUUUUCGUGAAGAAACAUUCGAACCGAUUUAUACCACGUUGAACGAUUGCAUAAAAGAGAAAUUGAGUAACGCUUCUUGGCUGCUGUCGCGCUUGAAAGCAGAAGAUGCCAUAGUUCGAGCAUCUGGAACAAUCGACGAAAUCUCUAAUAACAAUUUAAGAGAAAAGGAGCGAAGUUUGUGUAAACAGUUGUCCUAUGUAACGCAAAUACUUUACACAUUGGUAAACACAUCGAUAGAACCAGGCCCAUGUACCGAUAUCACGUUCAAAAAUUUACAAUGUUUGUAUCACUUGCUGGGGAACCUUACGAAAUAUUUUUAUACCAAAUCAAAUGGACAGAACGCAGCAUUCCAAACGGUCAAGUUCAUUCAGGUAAUACAGUUAGCCGGAAAGCCAUUAAAAUCUGCCUUUUACAAUCUGGUGACAUACCUCGAGGAAAAUCAAAACAAAGUAAAUGCGAAGGUUGACUCUCAAGCACGAAGGAACAAAAUAUUACGCGAAACGAAAGUAAUACCACGCGUCGUUUACGAGAUUGAGCAAUUCAACAAAGAAGUAUUGUUACUUGGCAAAAGAACAGGCAUACCUUUGGAGAAUCAUAUGAAACACAGCAUAACACGAGACUUCAGAAUUAAAAACCCGCAACUGGUAGAAGGCCUUGAAAAAAUGGAUACGAGCUUGCUUUCAAUGUCAAAUUCGGAAGAUACGGAAAGCCAAAACUGCAAUUCCAAUAUGGACGAAAUGUCGGCCAGCACUGCCGACAACGCGACGCCUUCGAAUAAACGUUCAAGAAGCGAAGAGAUUGAAGCCUAUUCUUCUUCAUAAGUUACCUUUAAUAUCUAUUUUCCAAGAUUUGUACUUUUUCAAGAUAAACUCUUUGCGAAGGUAA